AUGUUCUCUUGCACUCGUGCUUCUCUCCGACCUAAUGUAGUGGUGGUUGGCACAGGCUGGGCUGGUGCAUACUUCACAAAACACGUGGAUCCCAAUCUGGCUAACAUACAGGUUCUUUCUCUCCGCAACCACCACGUGUUUACGCCUCUGCUGCCGCAAACAACGACAGGUACAUUGGAGUUCCGAGCAGUGUGUGAGCCCAUUUCACGCAUUCAGCCUGCGCUCGCGCAUCUCCCUAACCGUUUUUACCGCUGCCUUGUGCACAGUGUCGAUUUUGAGGAAAAGGAGGUGAACUGUGUCGGCGUUGGAGUCGUUGAUGCGAGCUCCAAUGUUCCUGUACAGAACUUCAAGGUGAAGUACGACAAACUAGUCUUGGCUCACGGCGCCCGGCCAAAUACUUUCAAUGUACCAGGUGUUCUGGACAACGCUUUCUUUCUUCGCGAGGUAAAUGAGGCUCGUGGCAUUCGAAAGCGCUUGGUGCAAAACAUCAUGGCGGCUGACUUACCUACAACCAGCCUGGAGGAGGCUAAGCGUCUGUUGCACACCGUUGUUGUUGGCGGAGGGCCCAUAGGCAUUGAAUUUGCCGCCACACUUGCUGACUUUCUUCGCCAAGACGUGAGCAAGGUUAAUCACAGUCUUUUGCCAUACUGCAAGGUGACUGUGCUCGAGGCAGGUGAAGUGCUUGGAACGUUUGAUCUGCGUGUGCGGGAAUGGGGGAUGCGACGCCUCGAUACGCUUGGUGUACGCAUCGUGAAGGGCGCCGUGGUCGCUGUCAACGAGAAGGAGGUGAUCGCGAAGGACGGCUCGGUUUAUCCCACUGGUCUGGUGGUGUGGGGCACCGGUGUCGGUCCUUCCGCCCUCACCAAAGACUUGAAUGUGGACCGCACCUCUCGUGGUCGCAUUUCCAUUGAUGACCAUCUGCGUGUAUUGUGGAAGGGGAAACCCAUCCCAGACGCUUAUGCGAUAGGGGACUGCGCGGCGAAUGAGACACUCCCGCUGCCGACACUGGCUGCCGUUGCGUCGCGGCAGGGAAUUUACCUCGCAAAGAAGGUAAAUAGGGAGUUGACAAACAAGCCAUCGGAUGAACCGUUCGAGUACAAGAGUCUCGGUUCCAUGGUGAACCUUGGUGACACCGCCGCCGUUGUGGAGCUUAAUGUUCCGAAGAAAAUUGACUUUGUAGGCUUCAAGGCGUUGUGCUUCUGGCGCAGUGCGUACUUCAGCAUUCUGGGCUCGUGGCGCAACAAACUCUACGUGCUGGUGAACUGGGUGGGCAGCGCGGUGUUUGGGCGUGACACCACGUACAUUGGCGACCUAAGCGAGGACCGCGUUUGGCGCACGUUGGCAGCGGAGGAGGUGUCACGCGAGCGGGCCCGCAAGAAGGCCUUUGCGAAACUCAAGACGCUGGAAGCACAAGCAACAAUCACUGCGGAGGCGCUCGAGGAGGGGGCGGAGGCUGGCUACAUCAAGCGCAAGACCGGAAAGCCGGAGGAGGGGGCGGCGGAUACCGAAAAGAAGGGGGACAACACUACCAAGACGCCCUGA